CUGACAUCUUUUUGACACCGCCCAUUGUCUGGGUAGUGCGUUUGCCGCAGUUUGUCCAAGUAGUUUUUCCGUACCUUCACAUCCGUUGUGCCCGAAGUACUACUUACUGGUACUACUUAGUCACAUACUUAAAUAACCACAUAUAUUAAAAACCAGGCUCUUUUAGCGGACUUUGACUAUCCCAGUGCAAUUCAACUUAAUGGAAGGAUCCUCAGAAUCCAAAAUGCAACUGCUCCUUCAACAUAUUCGCACCUUUCCGGACUUUCCUAAACAGGGCAUUAUGUUCAGGGAUAUAUGUCCUAUCCUGAAGGAUCCAACUGCCCUAACAGCAGUUAUUGACUUGUUUGAAGAACAUGUGGUCAAGAAAAACUGGAAGGUCGAUCUCAUUGUAGGAUUGGAUGCUCGUGGUUUCCUGUUUGGGCCCCUCCUUGCCCAGCGGCUGGGAGUUGGGUUUGUCAUGGUCAGGAAGAAAGGAAAGCUGCCUGGUGCCACUGUGUCUGUGGCAUAUGAUUUGGAAUAUGGGAAGGCUGAAGCAGAGAUCCAAGAGGAUGCAGUAAAACCAGGGCAGAAAGUGUUGCUUAUUGAUGACCUUCUAGCUACUGGAGGUACUCUGUUUGCAGCUUGUGAACUAAUGAAGAAACAGCAUGCGGAUAUUCAAGGCUGCUUGGUCGUUAUAGAACUUCUUGAAUUAAAAGGCAUUGAGAGACUGAAACCAUACAAUGUAUUCUCUCUGGUUCAGUACUGAGAACAAUUCUUUUCCUCUGUAUUACUUAAUUUAAUCAUUGUGUAUUCACAAUUGCCAUGGGACCCAGUAAAAAAAAUGGUAAACUGAAUACUUAUUUAAAAUGUUGCUUGUGCCAAGAGAAUGUUUAAUAAUUGCAUCAAGCAUAAUUGUCUGGAACUUUUUUUUCCUGAUGAAGUUCUCAAGGACUUAACUUUAUUCCAAAAUACACUUUAUCUUCAG